AUGACUAUAGACGAUAGUACAAUCGAUAUUCAUUUCACUAAACUUGUUGACUGGCUAGUCGAUCGUCGUCAUUGUUCAAAAGAUUGGAAUGAACGAUCAAUAGCGAUUCGAGCUAAAAUUCAACAGGCUAUUUUAGAUCUACCAGAGCACGAUGGAGUUAAACGACUACUUGGCUCAUCAUAUUUGGAUUAUUUUUGUUGUCUUAAAAUUGUUGAAAUACUAAAAGAAACAGAAAAAGAAAGUAAAAAUAUGUUUGGCAUGUAUUCAUCACAACGGAUGAAAGACUGGCGAACAGUUGUUUCAAAUUACGAAAAAAAUUCUGUUUAUCUUGUUGAAUGUGCUCAAAUUCUUCAACGAAAUGUUGCUUUUGAAAUUCCUGCAUUAAAAAAAACUAUUGGAAAAUGUCAACAAAUUCGAGAAGAAUGUCAUACACGUCAUGCAGAAUUAGAUAAAAAUAUUCAUGAAAUUGAAAAACAAUAUGCACAAUUGUGCAAUGACAUGUCAAUUAAAGGUGAUAAUGUUCAACGAGAAUUAAUUCAACGUAUUGAAUGUUUACCAAGUAUAUGUACCGAGUUAGCUAGUGGCGAUCAAUGUUCCAUUCCAUCAUUAAAAUCAGCUGUCGAAUUUUAUAUUGACUUUAUGAAACAUUUCCAUUCAUCAUCAAAAUCUGAUAGCGAAGAAUUUUUAUCCGUAAUUAAAUAUUUAAUUGAAAAUGGAAAUACAACUGUCUAUCAAUGGCGAACUGGCGGACAUAUUCCUGUUAGCAUUGAACGAUUACCAUUAAAUUAUAAAUUCGCUGAAACAACAGAAGUUACGGAAGACGAACCAAAUAUUAUUCUUGGAUUAGAUGAUGAUUCAACAACAUCAAUUGAAGGUAUCGAAGUCAAACAAACAGCAAAUCAAACUGAUGUCAUUGAUUUUGAUACUGAAGCAGAAAUUGAUUGGUCUGCUAUUGAUACAGUACCAGAAUUACUUGAUCCAGCUCUUUCAUCGAAUGGGGAUCAUCCGAAUUUACUUGUUGAUGCUCUUCGAGAAGCUGCUCUAAAUGGAUCGAAUCAUCCAAUUGAUGAUGGUAUUGCGCGUGGUAAUGAUGCAUUGACAUUAUUAGAAAAUCGUGCAACAUAUACAUUAUUUAUUCAUGAACUCCAUCGACUUCAAUCAUUUUUGAAACAACGUCUCAAUGAAUAUCAUGUCAAUGAAACUAUUCUUAUGACAUUUAUCAUGCAAAAUGCGCCUACAUCAAUACAAAAGAUAAAUGAAAAUGAUUUAAAAACUUAUUUGAAAAAUGUUGAUUCGAUAUUUCAAUCAAUUAGUCAUCGACAAUUGGAUCGUUUAUUUUCGAUGCGGGAUUCCUACAAAUUUGUUGAUCGUCUUAUAAAUUGUUUUCAACAAAAGAAACUUUCAAUUGAAAGAAAUCGUUUCCAAGAAAAAGAAUUAGAAGAAAAAGCUUCAAGUUCUUUAACAGAAGAACAGCAAUUGAAAGAAAAACUCAAUCUACUAAUUUCAUACACUAAACAAUUGAAAGAACAGGUAGCGAAAGAAAUUUCUGUGAAAAAAUGUCAAAAUCGACGUAUCAAUAUAAUGGGUGAAAUCAAUACAUUAUAA